UCGGGGCCCGGCGCGGCGGCGGCGUUGCGGCGGGAGGCGGGGGGGGGGGGCCAGCAUGCUGAGCCCGAGGGAGCGCCGCGGGGACCUGGCCCGCUUCUACACGGUGACGGAGCCGCGGCGGCACCCCCGCGGGCACACCGUCUACAAGGUCACGGCGCGGAUUGUUUCAAGAAAAAAUCCAGAGGAUGUCCAGGAGAUAGUCGUUUGGAAGAGAUACAGUGACUUCAAGAAACUGCACAAAGAUCUCUGGCAAAUUCAUAAAAACCUAUGCAGACAUACAGAACUCUUUCCACCUUUUGCCAAAGCAAUAGUAUUUGGACGAUUUGAUGAAACUGUGAUUGAAGAAAGAAGGCAAUGUGCUGAAGAUCUGUUGCAGUUUUCUGCCAAUAUCCCUGCUCUCUAUAACAGCAAACAGCUGGAAGAGUUUUUUAAGGGUGGAGAGGUGCACGAUGGGUCUGAACUGAUCGGUCCUGUUGAGCCUCUGUCUGACUCUCUGACUGACAACCUGUCUGACUGCAGCUCUGAAGUUCGAAAGGAUUUAAGUGGACUUGAUGAUGUGACACUUACGAGCCAAUCGGAAUGUGGAGGCUUCUCCAGUGACAGUGACCUGAUCUCUCUGACAGUUGAUGUAGACUCUCUUGCUGAGUUAGAUGAUGGAAUGGCAUCCAACCAAAGUUCUCCCAGUAGAGCUGUUGGCCUUUGCCUUACUUCUGAACCACUAGCACAAAGCAUACUGGCACCUGAGCAGGAGUGGAGCAAACCUGAAGGAGAGAAGGAAAGUCAUAGUCUGUUUACUGGAAGCUUAAAACCCAAGCCUGGCAAACAAGAUUACUUGGAGAAAGCAGGCGAGUUGAUAAAACUGGCUUUGAAGAAGGAGGAGGAGGAAGAUUAUGAAACUGCUUUCAGCUUUUAUAGAAAGGGGGUUGAUCUGCUUUUGGAAGGUGUUCAAGGUGAAUCGAGUCCAACUCGUCGAGAAGCAGUGAAAAGGAAGACUGCAGAAUACCUUAUGCGUGCUGAAAAAAUUUCCAGUCUCUACCAUAAAUCCUCUGAAGAUGCAUCUGCUUCUAUGCCUCCAGGAUCACUAAGUUCAAGGCCCUCUUGGAACCUAAGGAGCCCUGCCGAGGAACUGAAGGCCUUCAGAGUCCUUGGGGUGAUUGACAAGGUUUUGCUUGUAAUGGACACUAGAACACAGCAGACUUUUAUACUGAAGGGUCUAAGGAAAAGUAGUGAGUACAGCAGGAGCAGAACGACCAUCAUCCCCCGCUGUGUGCCCAACAUGGUGUGUCUGCACAAGUACAUCAUCUCCGAGGAGUCUGUCUUUCUCGUGUUACAGCAUGCAGAAGGAGGAAAACUAUGGUCUUACGUCAGUAAGUUUUUAAACAGAAGUCCUGAAGAGAGCUUUGAAAUUCCUGAACCCAGAACAUCCAGUUCAACUAAAAUUUACCUGGAGCAGCCAACACCAAGUCCUAAAGAAAUUGGUAGCAGCACUGAUUCCAGAGAAAGCUACAGGGAGAGCACGCUGAAGGUGGUUCCGCUGAAGAGCAGCCUAACGCCAAGUUCUCAGGAUGACAGCAGCAACCAGGAAGAUGGCCAAGAGAGUUCAAAGUGGCUGGACUCAGGAUCCAGCUCAGAAGAAGAGUGCACUACUAGUUAUUUGACAUUAUGCAAUGAAUACGGGCAAGAAAAAAUUGAUUCUGGCUCUCUAAAUGAGGAGCCAGUGGUUAAAGUGGAGAGCGAAGGUCUGAAUACCAAAGAAAGAAGUUGCUUACAGAAAUGCAGUGUCAUUGACAGUGAUAGCUUCACCUCUCAGGUUGCAUCUCAGGAACAAAAGCUUUUCAUUGACGAUGCUGAGUCAGAAAUAGCUAGCCCUACUAGGAUAUUGGACUCAUUAACUAAAUCAAAGAACAGCCCCAUGGAACUCUUCAGGAUAGACAGCAAAGAUAGCACUAGUGAGCUCCUGGGGCUUGAUUUUGGUGAAAAAUUAUAUAACCUGAAAUCUGAACCUUUGAAGCCAUUGUUUUCUGUCCCAGAUCAUGACAGAAGCUUGGAUGCCCUAGAGAGCAAAAUGGGUGUGAGAGCUCAUGAUACCAUAAGCAGAGGUUCAAACGACUCUGUGCCAGUUAUCUCCUUUAAGGAUGCUGCUUUUGAUGAUGUAAAUAGUGUUGACGAAGGAAGGCCUGAUCUCCUAAUAAACUUACCUGGUAUGUCUGAUGAAAUGGAAGAGGCAGCAGUGUCAAGGCCAGCAAAGUUUACAAAAACUGAUAGGGACAUGUUGGAAGUAAAGUUAUUAGAAACACCUGAUGUCUUACAGUUAAAUAAUUCUGCAGAGCCAUGCAAAGCAUUUGAUCAAGAGCCAAAUCAUGUGGCACCAGAAAUGAGUGAUCCUUCUUGCGAGGAAGCAAAUGGACAAAGCGGUGUCACUCAGGGAGCUCUUGGGACCCUCUUUACAUCUGACCGAGAGGUAGGUAGUUCAGAAGACGGGGCUCUGUCUCAAGGGCUUGGAGCCUGCUCCUUAAACGUGACAAGCAAAGAAGAAAGUUUGUUUGUUUCCAACCCGCUCUCAGGUGCUCAAGAUAUUAACUUGGAUGGAGACAUGUUAAUAAACGAAGCAGUAUUGCUGUUUUCCGAUCAAGCUGAAGAUUUUGGGAAAGAGGAAACAGACUCAGCUUUGUUACCAGCACCUGAAUGUAAAAAGACAGCACCAAAACGAGAAGACAGAAUAGCAGUAGCAGGGGAGAAGGAAAUACAUCAAAUUUUUCAGGACCUCGACGAAAGAUUAGCGAUAACCUCCAGGUUUUAUAUCCCAGAGGAUUGCAUUCAAAGAUGGGCAGCUGAAAUGGUUGUAGCCCUUGAUGCUUUACAUAGAGAAGGAAUUGUGUGCCGCGAUUUGAACCCAAACAACAUCUUAUUGAAUGAUAGAGGACACAUUCAGCUAACGUAUUUUAGCAGGUGGAGGGAGGUUGAAGAUUCCUGUGACAACGAUGCCAUAGAGAGAAUGUACUGUGCCCCAGAAGUUGGUGCUAUCUUAGAAGAGACAGAAGCCUGUGACUGGUGGAGCCUGGGUGCGAUUCUUUUUGAACUCCUCACUGGGAAGACUCUGGUUGAGUGCCAUCCAUCAGGAAUAAACACUCAUACUUCUUUGAGUAUACCAGACCAUGUAUCAAAGGAAGCCAGAUCACUGAUUCAGCAGCUGUUGCAGUUUAAUCCUGCAGAGCGUCUUGGUGCUGGUGUUGCUGGUGUUGAAGACAUCAAAUCCCAUCCAUUUUUUGCCCUUAUAGAAUGGGCAGAUCUGCUGAGAUGAGAGAUGAGUGCCCUCUGAACAAACUCAGGUCAAGAGGACAAGUUUCUGUGGCACAGAAGCACCCUGACUUGCUUCCUUUGGAUUUCCCAAACCAUUUGGACACGAUGACUAAAGGAUGCUGGGGCAAUCAGGCCCGAAGUCAACACUUUUCACAGGAAUCACUGGUUGUACAGGGUGCUACCUUAUUUUUAUGGCAUCUGGUUGCUACAUGUGUGUAAGUCUUUUCACCAAAGGGUGCUUUGUGAUGAAACUCCUGGGCCAGCAUGUUUAGCACUGCCAGCUUGUCAACUAAGUAGAAACAGGAAUGUGCUCCUGGUGCUUUGUCUGAUGAUGGAAGUGUCUAUAGACUGUGCCAGUUGAAAGUAUCUUUUAUAGUGUCAGUAGACCAUUUCCCUAUGCUAAGUGCAGGUCUGGGGGUGUGGGGGGGGGAAGGAGCAAAUAAUUUAUUAAUGGUAUAUGCUGAGUAAAAUACUAAAAUGCUUUAUGCAAAAGUUGACACGUUAAAAAUAAUAUUUCCAUUAAAAAUUAAGAAAGCUGUUGCAUAAUACCGUGGAAUGUGUCUUGAAAAUGGCAUAUCAUUUCCCACUGUGGAAAGAGCAUAUAAAAGGCAAAUAAUGCUGUCAAAUGUACUUUGUUGGCUGACAAUGUCUGUUUAAAACUCUUGAUUCUGUUGUAUUUGAUGAGCUACAUGUUAAAGUCACUACAGAAAGGGAAAUUUUCUUUUCCUCAGCUGGAUAAACACUGCUUUAGCACUCUAAUAAGGAGCAAAAAACCAUAAUGAUAAAUAAAUGUGUAGAUUAAAAAAAGAGAAACUCUUCUCUCAUCACUGCAGCCACCACUUUAUCACUUAAUGAACUUUACUUCCUCUAAGUGUCCUAUUUUUAGCUACUGCUUCAGGAAAAAACCUUUCUGCUCAUGCUCUUCUGCUUGAGGAAGCUUCUGAACUCUCCUGUUUGUUAAUAGUCUUAAUAAAUCAAAGAAAGCCUUCACUCACUCUGCUGCUUGAACAGGAAGAAGCCUGGGAUUUGCUCAUGCCAAAUGACUAAGUGACAUCUCUGAGCGAACCCUGGUGGGUAAGACUUGGGCAUGAGCCAAUUAGCUGACCUGUUUGUUUGUUAGAAAGGUCUGGAGAAUGGGAGAAGAAUAUAAGACAUGCAGAAUAUUUUGCUGUGCGCUGCUGUUGCUGCUAAGCAGCUAUGCUUGUAUGGAUUCCUGACGUACAAAUGCUGUACACUGCAAUGCUUGUACAGAUUAUGGAUCUGUGGUUUUUUCCUAAAUGUUCUGUUUGCUCUCACUCUUUUUUUUUUUUUUUUUUUUUUUUUUCUUCUUCUCCCCAGCUUUAUCCGGAGAACAAAGGGCAAAUUCCUUUGGGAAAGCGAGGUGACAGCAAUGAUUAUUGAAUUUACAACUCAAAAAAAAAAAGUACCCCUCCAUUUGUAUUUUAGCAGUGUAUUUUAUGGGCACUCCCAAAAGUGCAUCUGCACAGUCUCCAUCUGUUAGACACCAGGUCGGUGUAUUCAAAUAAAGUGGAAAAGGAAAAUGCUUCACUUAAACAAAGGAAAUCUGGAAACUUUUUUUUUCCUUUUUAAAUUAUUCCACUCCCCUCCUUUUUUUUUUUUUUUUUUUUUUCUUCCCUUUCUUGUGAUCACCAAGCCAGCAGAGGGGCUGUAACAACACUGCAGGUUGUAACCAGGUCACUAGUAUCACUGCCUAGGGAGUGCUGUCCAAGAUUACAUCACUCUCAGAAACUGUGUUUCAACCUACCACCCUCUGGCUUCAUAACAGGAACUCCCUCAGGUGAGCCACAGGAACAACUUCCUGCGCCGAGCGGCUCGGAAAUCUCCGAUGCGGAGACUGAGCUGAUCCAGAGCUUCCUUCCAGCACUGCCCUGGCUGUGACUUUGGAGAGGGCUCGUUGCUGAAGGGAAGCCUCCCUUCCCUCAGCCACCUGAUUCCAUUCCUGGGGCUCUCUAGCCUGGCCACCAGAUAACGUGGUUGGCCUGUGUUGAUCUGUUGCAUUGCAUUUGCCUGGUGAUAACUGUAAAAAAUGUAAUUUUUUAUGUGUUACUUCAAAAUGCUCUCUUGUUCAGGUUGUGCCUGUGUGCCAGUUGCAAGUGAAGGCAGGGUAAGCUAGCACAGGAGCACAAGCUGGUUUCUAUGAGCAGCAGAAGGAAAAUGCUGUUCUAGUCAAAACUAGAUGACCAGUCUCUCUCACUGCAAAGUGUUUGCUUUAGUUAAUGACACCAAAAUAUUUUUUUCAAGUAUGUUCGUAGUGAGGAAGUCUAGAUCAUGGAGACUAGAAGGAAUGGGGCACUUGGCAAAACGGCUUGUCAGAAAUAAGCCUUUGAGAUGCUACAGGUUUUUGUUAAUCCUAUCACUGACUCAGAUAAUGGUCUUGCUAAAGGAGCAGAUUCUGGAGUUAAUUGCACAAAAAAAUCCUGCUUCUAUCUUUUUUGGUUUUGUGCUUUAUUUUUUGCCCUUUUUUUUUUUUUUUUUUAUUUUGAUGUGUAUUAUGUUGUAUUGGUGUUUAUAUGUAUUUCUUUAAUAAACAAAACCUUUCAA